AUGACCUCUCAAGCUGUCGUUGUGGACAAAAUUAAGAAAAUUGUCCCACCCCUCUCUCAUGAUUAUCACAAAGGACAAGCAGGAAGAGUUGGAGUGGUUGGUGGUUCUGAAGACUACACGGGAGCAGCAUAUUUCAGCGCCAUUGCUGCUUUAAAAUCAGGUGUUGACAUGGCACACGUUAUUUGUGAACCUGGAGCUGCAACUGUUAUUAAGGGCUAUUCCCCAGAUCUAAUGGUUCAUCCGUAUUUGCGAAUAAACGAAAACAAUCGUUCGGCGGCAAAAUCAGAACGAAUAAUCGAUACCGUUGCGGAAUUAUUUCCACGUAUACACGUCCUGGUUGUGGGUCCUGGUCUAUCACGAGAUGCACUAAUGUUAGAAUAUGCCAAGGGCAUUAUUCUCCGAGCAAAGAAAGAGAAUCUUCCUAUAAUAAUUGACGCAGAUGGUCUGUUUCUGGUCCAAAACGAUCCGGGAAUAAUACAAAAUUAUCAAAAGGCUGUAUUGACACCAAACGUAAACGAAUUCCGACGACUAUGCAACACUAUGGGUAUACCUAACGAUAACACCUCCUUGGAAGAAAAGACGCUUCGUCUUAGCAAAUUAUUUGGAGUGACAAUAAUCCAGAAGGGCAAGAAUGACAUUAUUUCCAAUGGCGAAUCAGUGAUUGUCUGCGAUACGACUGGCAGCCCAAGGAGAUGUGGUGGGCAGGGGGAUAUUCUUACUGGUCUCAUUGCUACAUUCAUUGCCUGGGGUAGGGCUUACGAGAACAAGUUGUGGAAUCACGAUAAUAGUAUACAAUCAUCCGAGUUACCCGUAUUGGCAAGUUAUGCUGGGUGCACUAUAGUUCGUGAAUGCUCGCGGGUAGCAUUCGAAGAGUUUGGCCGAUCAAUGCAGACGUCCGACUUGAUUCCAAAGAUCGGCCCUGUCCUCGACAAAUUGUAUUCGAGGUAA